AUGGGUUAUGCUGACAUAACUAUGAAAGUGGAAGAAGUAUUCAAGGGCGUAACAGCUGGCGAUGAAAUUAUUGUUCGUACUAGUUUACAAGAAGCAAUAUGUGGUCGUAGUAAAACUCCAGUUAGUCAGUGUUGGCAAAUGUGGUUAACAGAAAGCAAAGGAGCACAUUCGUGUUCGGGAAGCACACGAGAUGUUCAAAAGGAUAUUGCUGCUCUUCGACAGCUCGCUAAUAACUAA